GUUGACAUGGAUGAUGAAGACGGCCGGUGCCUGCUAGAUGUAAUUUGCGACCCACAGGCCUUGAACGAUUUUUUACAUGGAUCCGAAAAGAUUGACAGUGAUGAUCUCCUGGACAACACAGGAGAUGCAGCCAGUGCCUUUUUUGAAGGUGCUGGGUUGCACGUCCAGGAGGCCUCGGGCAACCACCUGAGCACGGAGCAGAGCCAACCCCCCGCCAGCGUGGACCUGGAUUUUUUAGAAGAUGACAUUUUGGGGUCCCCCUCGGGCGGCGGGACCAACCUGCAGAACUCGGACCAACCCUGCGACAUCCUCCAGCAGAGCCUGCAGGAGGCCAACAUCACCGAGCAGACCUUGGAGGCCGAGGCCGAGUUGGAUUUGGGGUCCUUCCAGCUGCCCACCCUCCAACCCGUGGUGCAGACGGCGUCCGAUGGCACCCCCCAGAUCUUCUCCGGCGGGGCGGACCUCAUCGGCCUUCAGCCCCCCGCCGUCCUCACCCACCAGGCCUUGGUGCAACAGUCGGUGGGGGCCGACGUGGUCAACAAGGCCAUCAGCGUCCAACCCUUCCUCCAGCAGGUGGGGUUGGGCAACGUCACCAUCCAACCCAUCUCCAACCUGCAGGGUUUGCCCAACGGGAGCCCCAGCGGGACCUUGGGGAUCGGGCCCAUCCAGGUGGUGGGACAACAGGUGAUGGCCAUCAACCAAUCGGGCCAGCAGAUCAUCGCCAAGCAGGUCCAACCCUCCCAGGUGGCCACCAUGCCCGUGGGCAGCUACAUCACCCAACCGGCGCCCGAGCAGCAGCAGGUCACCUUGGCUUCCACGGGGGUGUCUCCUCAAAGCGCCGGGUUGGUCAUCCAGAAGAACUUGCCCACGGUGGCCACCACCACGCUCAACGGCAACUCCAUGUUCGGCAGCGUGGCCGGGACUCAAGGUUCCCAACCCCUCACCGUCACCUCCAACUUGAGCAGCCCUUUGGUCCAAGCCCAAAACGUCAUCAUCCACCGCACGCCCACCCCCAUCCAACCCAAACCCGCCGGCGUCCUCCAGCAGAAGCUCUACCAGAUCACCCCCAAACCCUUCUCCUCCAACAACACCACCCUCACCAUCCAGAACGAAGCCGCCCUCCAGCAGCAGAAGGCCCAGCAGAACCUCACCUUCAUGGCCGGCAAACCCGGCCAGAACGUGGUCCUCUCGGGCUUCCCCCAAGGGCUCCCGGCCAACGUCUUCAAGCAGCCACCACCCCAACAGCAGGCCCUCAACAAGCCCAUGAGCGUCCACCUCCUCAACCAGGGCAGCAGCAUCGUCAUCCCGGCCCAGCACGUCCCCCAGGCCAUGCUCCAAGGUCAAAACCAGUUCCUCCUCCCCGGCCAACUGGCCGGCGCCUCGGCCGUCCAGCUCCCCCAGCAGCUCUCGGCUCUUCAGGCCAACAUGGGUGGGCAGAUCUUGACCACCUCCCACCCAACCGGCCAAGCCCACAUCAUCACUAGCCAAGGACCCGGUGGCCAGUUGAUAACCAACCAAGCGUUGCCGGCCCAGAUCCUCACCAACCAGAACAUCGCCGGGCAGUUGAACCUGGGCCAGGUCCUCACCUCGCAGAACGCCCACGGCACGGCCCACAUCCUCUCGGCCCCCAUCCAACUCCAACCGGGUCAAGUUGGCCAACCGGCUCUUUUCCAGAUGCCCGUUUCCUUGGCGGGCAGUUUGACCACCCAAAGCCAACCUUCUGUAGCCGCGUCUUUGGGUCAAACUGGCCAAACGGUCAUCCAAGGGGUGACCUUGCCCAACCAGGUGGCCAUGCUCAACCCCGCCGAGAACCUGGGCCAGGCCGUCAGCAUCCAGGCCUCGGCCACCACCAGUAGCCAAAGUCCCGGCCUCGUCCAACCCCAACCCGCUUCCGGGGGCAACCUCUUGCCCAGUACGGACCAGUCCUCCAUCCUCACCGUCCAGACGGCCUCCCAGCAGCCCGCCCAGCUCCAGCUCAACGUCCCACCACCCCCACCGCCGCCCUCCCAGCAACCGGGGACUUCCCAGCCCAGUCCCAGUUUGGCUUCCAGCCCGGAGAAGAUCAUCCUGGGGCAAGCGGCGGCCACCGGAGCCGUCAUCAACCAGGACUCCAUGCAGAUGUUCCUCCAGCAGCCUCCUCAGGUGGUGGCCACCGUCUUCUCAGCCCCAUCAGGUGGUGGCCAUUGUCUUCUCAGCCCCAUCAGGUGGUGGCCACCAUCAUUGCAGCCUCCUCAGAUGGUGGCCACCAUCAUUGCAGUCCCAUCAGGUGGUGGCCACCGUCUUAUCAACCUCAUCAGGUGGUGGCCAUUGUCUUACCGGCCUCCUCAGUCCCAUCAGGUGGUGGCCAUCAUGUUUGCAGCCUCCUCAGGUGGUGGCCAUCAUCUUAUCAGCCUCCUCAGGUGGUGGCCAUCAUCUUAUCAGCCUCCUCAGGUGGUGGCCACCGUGUUUGCAGCCUCCUCAGGUGGUGGCCAUUGUCUUAUCAACCCCAUCAGGUGGUGGCCAUUGUCUUACCGGCCUCCUCAGUUGGUGGCCACCGUCAUUGCAGCCCCUUCUGGUGGUGGCCACCGUCAUUGCAGCCUCCUCAGGUGGUGGCCACCAUCAUUGCAGUCCCCUCAGGUGGUGGCCACUGUGUUUGCAGCCCCCUCUGGUGGUGGCCAUUGUCUUCUCAGCCCCAUCAGGUGGUGGCCAUUGUCUUCUCAGCCCCAUCAGGUGGUGGCCACUGUUGUAUCAGCCCCAUCAGGUGGUGGCCACCAUCAUUGCAGUCCCAUCAGGUGGUGGCCACCGUCUUAUCAGCCCCCUCUGGUGGUGGCCACCAUCAUUGCAGCCCCAGCAGGUGGUGGCCACUGUUGUAUCAGCCCCAUCAGGUGGUGGCCACCGUCAUUGCAGUCCCAUCAGGUGGUGGCCACCGUCUUAUCAGCCCCAUCAGGUGGUGGCCACCGUCAUUGCAGUCCCAUCAGGUGGUGGCCACCGUCUUAUCAGCCCCUGACCUUGCCCAACCAGGUGGCCAUGCUCAACCCCGCCGAGAACCUGGGCCAGGCCGUCAGCAUCCAGGCCUCGGCCACCACCAGUAGCCAAAGUCCCGGCCUCGUCCAACCCCAACCCGCUUCCGGGGGCAACCUCUUGCCCAGUACGGACCAGUCCUCCAUCCUCACCGUCCAGACGGCCUCCCAGCAGCCCGCCCAGCUCCAGCUCAACGUCCCACCACCCCCACCGCCGCCCUCCCAGCAACCGGGGACUUCCCAGCCCAGUCCCAGUUUGGCUUCCAGCCCGGAGAAGAUCAUCCUGGGGCAAGCGGCGGCCACCGGAGCCGUCAUCAACCAGGACUCCAUGCAGAUGUUCCUCCAGCAGGUGGUGGCCACCGUCUUCUCAGCCCCAUCAGGUGGUGGCCACCGUCUUCUCAGCCCCAGCAGGUGGUGGCCACCAUCAUUGCAGCCCCAUCAGGUGGUGGCCACCAUCAUUGCAGUCCCAUCAGGUGGUGGCCACCGUCUUCUCAGCCCCAUCAGGUGGUGGCCACCAUCAUUGCAGCCUCCUCAGAUGGUGGCCACCAUCAUUGCAGUCCCAUCAGGUGGUGGCCACCGUCUUCUCAGCCCCAUCAGUUUCCUGGAGCAGCUCCACAAGCAGCAGGGCGCCGUGCUGCACCCCGACUACAAAACCUCCUUCCGCUCCUUCCAGGACGCCCUCCAGCGCCUCCUGCCCUACCACGUCUACCAGGGGGUGCUCCCCUCCGCCCACGACUACCGCAAGGUGGAUGAAGAGUUCGAAGCGGUGUCCACCCAGCUGCUGAAGCGCACCCAAGCCAUGCUCAACAAGUACCGGCUGCUGCUCUUGGAGGAGUCUCGGCGAGUCAGUCCCUCCGCGGAGAUGGUGAUGAUCGACCGCAUGUUCAUCCAGGAGGAGAAGACCAUGUUGGCGUUGGACAAGCAGUUGGCCAAGGAGAAACCAGACGAGUACGUCUCCUCUUCCUCCCGCUCGCAGAACCUCUGCUCCUCCUCCUCUUCGUCCUCCUCUUCCUCCUCCUCCUCCUCCUCUUCCUCCUCCUCCUCCGCCGCCGCCGCCUCGGUGACCCCCGUCGUCCUCCCCGGCCCCGCGCCCACCUCGGAGAACCUCAAAUCUCCUCCGGUUCCUGCGGUUCCUGCGUUGCAUCCCACCAAACUGGUGAUCAAACACGGGGGAGGGGGGUCCCCUUCGGUCACUUGGGCCAAGGCUUCUCCCCUGGGGGGGGACGGGGGGGAGGAGGAGACCCUCCCCUCCCGUAACAAACCCCCCAUCAAGACCUACGAAGCCCGAAGCCGCAUCGGCCUCAAGUUGAAGAUCAAACAAGAAGCUGGUUUGAGCAAAGUG